AGGAAAGCCCAAAAUAACCCCAAACCCGGCGCCAGGAUGUGCGCGCAGCUGAGGCCGUGACCCGGCGCUGCUUUCCACGAAAAACCGAAGGGCUUUCCUGAGAAACUUGACGCAGCAGCAAACAAACGAACGAACCAAGUGCCAGAAUGCCAGAGAAAGCCAGGAAGCGGGCCCUUGAGUUGCUUGGGUGUUCCCUUUUCCCGCCGCCCCUCCGCGCUCCACUUCCCAUUCACAAAGCCUGGGGCCGCCGCCAGUAGAACGCGCCUCCUUCCUUUCCCUUCCACCCCUCCUCCUCCUUAUUAUUAUUAUGAAUGGAACGCGCGCACAAGCGCCGGGGCCGCGUUCGAUUCCUCCCAUUGUGACGUCGCGCGUUCCAUUCAAGGCGAGCGGAGGCAAGAAUGGGGCCCGGCGGCGGGGAGAGGGAAAGCCGAGCCGGGAGGGCGGGGCGAGGUAGUAAAAGCGACCCUCCCACGCGCUCCGGAGGGCGCGCGGCCAGCACCGCCGUCGCCACCAGCGGCAGCAGCAGCAGCAGCUGCUCUUCCUUCUCCGCGGCCGCGCUAGGGCUGCGCGCAAGAGGAGCGCGCUAAGGCCCGUGUCCCGCAGCAGCAGGAGGGAGAGGGAGGUUGCGCGGCGCCAGCGGCGGCCAUGGCGGAGCUGCGCGAGAUGGAGUGCGUGGGGCUGCAGCGCCUCCUGCACGGCGGGGUCUCCGGGCAGGGCGGCAAGUGCCUCCUCUUGGACUGCAGGCCUUUCCUGGCGCACAGCGCGGGCCACAUCCGCGGCGCGCUCAACGUGCGCUGCAACACCAUCGUCCGGCGCAGGGCCAAGGGCUCCGUCAGCCUGGAGCAGAUCCUGCCGGCCGACGACGAGGCGCGCGCCCGCCUCCGCUCGGGGCUCUACUCGGCCGUGGUGGUGUACGACGAGCGCAGCGGGCGGGCGGAGGCGCUGCGGGAGGACAGCACCGUGGCGCUGGUGGUGCGGGCGCUGCGCCGGGACGCGCAGCACGCCGACAUCUGCCUGCUGAAAGGCGGCUAUGAGAGAUUUCACUCGGAAUAUCCGGAAUUCUGUGCAAAGACAAAAUCUCCGACUGCUGCGUCCGUCGUGGCGACUGCAGAGUACCUUGAGCACAGCUGCAGCUCCUGUGGGACACCGCAACACGAUCAGGGUGGCCCCGUGGAAAUCCUUCCGUUCCUCUUCCUUGGCAGCGCACAUCACGCCGCCCGGAGAGACAUGCUGGACGCCUUGAGGAUCACCGCCUUGUUGAAUGUUUCCUCAGACUGCCCAAACCACUUUGAAGGACAUUUUCAAUACAAAUGCAUCCCAGUGGAAGACAACCACAAAACCGACAUCAGCUCCUGGUUCAUGGAAGCGAUUGAAUACAUAGACGCCGUGAAGGCCUGUCACGGCCGCGUCCUAGUGCACUGCCAAGCUGGCAUUUCCCGAUCGGCGACCAUCUGCCUGGCCUACCUGAUCAUGAAGAAGCGGGUGAAGCUGGAGGAAGCCUUUGAGUUUGUCAAGCAGCGCCGGAGUAUCAUCUCCCCCAACUUCAGCUUCAUGGGACAGCUCCUCCAGUUCGAGUCCCAGGUUCUGGCUACGUCGUGCGCCGCCGAGGCCGCCAGCCCGUCGGGGACGCUGAGGGAAAGGGGGAAGAGCUCCUCCACGCCCACCUCCCAGUUCGUCUUCAGUUUCCCGGUCUCGGUGGCUGUGCACUCCACUGCCAGCAGCCUCCCGUACCUGCACAGCCCCAUCACCACUUCUCCCACUUGCUAGAGGCGGCCUCUGUCUCUGUGGGUUGUGCCCGGGGGUGACCCAAGGACAGAAAGCCGGGCAGCCCCGUUGGCCACCGAUCAUGGCAAUAACGUACUAUGCCCACCCAGCAGCCAAUCAGAGUCCACCCAGAGACAGAGCAAUAAUAGCUACCCUUGCAGCUGGAAUAUUCGGGUGGGGAGAGGGAGGCGGCUGCAGCAUGUCUUUUUGUGGCAAGAUGACUUACCUCAUUUUUUAAAGUAUAUAUAUAAUAUAUAAAAACGUUUGAAAUUG